GAGUGUAAGGACCUCUUGGAGUGGCUGCUUGGCUUUCUCCUUUAAAAAUGUGCUCUUGAUCUUAAACUGGGAAAUGUUAUGUUGUGAAGGUAAAUAUUUACUUUCUAUGAACAAAUAGAAACACGUUUGUUGUAGUGCUUUUUAGAGAGCAAAGAUUUCGAGCAUCUGAUCUAGUAAAUGUUAAAAAUAUUCUCGAGAGCUACCGACUAAGGAUGAAUUGUAGGCUUGCUGUGAUUCAUUCAGUACAUUUAAGUAAACAUGGUGUUAUCAUUGUCACCAAAACAUACACUAUAUGUGCUAAUUAUUUAGUGACACUAAAAACCUCAGAAAAACAAAUCGAUUUCACCUACUUUCACGACUUGAACUAAAACACCAGUGACUAUUUUUCAACUCGGAGCCCAGGUCAGCGCGUUCUGUCCACCUUUUGCCUCUCGGCUGUAUGAAAUUUCGAUUUUAAAAGACACCUCGAACGCGCCAGACGUUAAGCUUUUAUUGCGAAAGUCAGAAACCGGAAGCGCAAUUUGUCCCUGAGUAGCAUGGAGGCAUGACGCCGGUGAGCUGAGUAGGCACUUUAAGCAGAAGAGGGAAAAAGAGGAAAGCCACGCCAGGAAAGAUCCACAACGCUAGAGAAUGGAGGUAUCAAGUCGAAGAGUCCUACUGAGGCACCUGGAGCCAGCGAGGCCCCUGCGCCGCUGCGUCCAUGUUAAUGUUGAGCCACAAAUAAAUGCUGCAGCAGGUGAACAGCCCUUGAUGGAGCAAGAGAGUACUGUUGGCAUAGAGCAGUUCUUGAAGAUUUUCAAUCUUCAUAAACAGAAAAAAGUAGAAAGAAUAAGUUACACAAGAGAUUUUUUAAUUGGUUUGGCCGGCUGCCCCGAAGCCAAGAAGAGGCCAGAAUACCUACCGGACCACCCCAUUGUGUUACCUGAGGCAAGGGAUCCAGGCCAGCAAGAGCUGGGAGUAACACAGUGGAAUGGUGUAAAAGAAGAUGUAUGAGUAAGUAAGAGUCGGAGGAUUAGAAUAUGGAUAAUGUUUAGAUUAAUUUUGAUGGCAAAUUUUCACUUAAUGUAAAUUGGUCUGACCAAAGCAGCCAAGAUGGUGACACAAAACCAUUUCAUGGAAUUGCAGGGUGCAAUAUUAAAUUCUUUGCAAAACAUUCAUACCUCUUUAAUGUUUAAAUACUUUAUCACCUUAUCACCUGAAGUUACAAUGUAUUUAUUUGGAUUUUAUUUGAUGCACAUCUCAGGUGGGGGAAUCUGAAGUCUCAAUAAAUUAAAAACAAAAUCUCCCUCCAAUCCGAUCAUUUUCUCAAUUAUGUACUGCAUUGUGCAGCUAUGUCACAUCAAAUGUGGUUCAGGCUACCAAUGUAUGGAUAAGUCAUUGUUAUAAAAUCAGCAUGGGUAACACUAGUAUUAUAAUGUUUGUUGGCUGUUAUUUAUUGGAUUUAUUGCAUUGCCUGUCAUUUUGCAAAUCGCAUGGUUUUCUAAAAUAGUGCAAUAUUCUGGGCACAGUCUGGAAUAUUGUCAACAUGCUGUGUGCCUGGUUAUGACUUAAGGUCUUUCUGUUUUGAAUCCAGUGUAGAAAUGUUAGGAGAUUCUCAUCCAGAAUAGCUCAUAGUUGCUCAUUUAAAUAUGAAGCUAAAGCCCUAAUCAAACUUGAAUUAUGUGCUCAUAAUUCAGUCAGUGUUUUUCAAUUACGUUAACAUGUACCUUAUCAGCAUUCUAUAUGUCCCAUUUAUUUGGAAAUAGAGUGGAGAUGUAAUUCUUAUCAACCCCAGAAGGGACACUAUUUGCUUUCAUCUAGAAGGGCAGCAAGAUAAUUGCGCCAUUAGUUUUAUAUGAUAAGCUACACCACACUCGAAUCUCUGAGUCCUCCUAGAAUUAGUUUUUUUUUUCAUGACACUAUUGUAGUGUCAUGAAAGCAGCAAUGCUACACAUUGAAGUAUUGGCAUUUAAAGGGGCAGUGGAUAAUUUGGACAAAAUUGAUCUAAAUUCAGAGAAAGAACAGAAGCUCUGGCAGAUGUCUGAAAGACAAAGGGUUAAAUAAAUGUGCUUUCUCCAUUAGGCUUAGAUUCUGUGAGGAACCAAUUGGGUUUGCAGAUGAUUAUUGUAACACUGUUUUAGAGUUUGGCAAGCACUUUUUUUCCAUGAUCAUUUUACUGUCCAGUGAUUAAAAAAAAACUUUUCAAAUUUCUCUUUUGUUAGGAUGCCAGCAAGGCCUCCCACGUCU